AUGCACCUAGAUAAUGCCAGAGAAGUUUGGGAGGAUCUGAGACAGAGAUUUGCUCAACGCGAUGCAGAGAAGAUCUUCGCAAUACAGAACGAGAUCUAUAAUCUAAAGCAGGGGAACCGGACUGUGAAUGAGUACUAUACUAACUGCUGCACUGUUUGGGAGGAGAUGAAUGCACUUAGGCCACUUCCUAUCUGCAAAUGCAUACCGAAAUGUUCAUGCGAUGUCGUUGAUGAAAUUCGGAAGGAACGAGACACCGAUAAAGUUAUACGGUUCCUACAAGGACUUGGAGAUGACUAUAGCAAUCUGAAAUCCAAUGUCCUAGUUCUAGAUCCUCUCCCUGAAGUCUACAAAGUGUUUGUAAUGGCAGAGAAAAUAGAGAGACAAAUUGCUCUUACAAACAUGACUCUAGGCAGGUUCGAGACAGCCAAGCAAACUCAGUACAUCAGGAUCAAUGACUUACAAAUGAAACAGUUGCAGCUGUGA